AUGGCUGCACGGACUGUUCCCCACGCCUACCCCAUGAGUUCGGAGUAUGAAUUUGCCAACCCUAGCAAGAUCUAUGACCAGAACUUUGGAGAAGGUGUGUCCCCAUGUGAGAUUUUAGCCCCUGCCCUGUACCACGGCUACUACAUCAGGCCUCGGAUCAACAAGCAGCUGGAUCGAGGCACUUCAGAGAUCAACCUCAACGAGCACAAAUUCCAGGUGUUCCUGGAUGUCUGCCACUUCCUACCAGAGGAGCUCACUGUCUGCACCGUGGACAACCUGCUGCAGGUGACGGGGCAGCACCCCCAGAAGGCCGAUCGCCACGGCUUCAUCGCCCGCGAGUUCACCAGGACCUACAUCCUCCCCCUGGAUGCCGACCCUUUGCUGGUGAGAGCCACCUUGUCCCACGACGGCAUCUUGAGCAUCGUGGCUCCCCGCACGGGGAAGGAGGCGAAGGCCAGAGUCAAUGAGGUGAAGAUAACCCAACAGGAGCCAGUGGGGAAGGAAGAACAGUCUGAAGAAGGGAAAGAAGAGUCCUAA